GACAGUGUAUAUCUAGCGUUUUAUUACCAAACUGACGACUCGACUAGACAUUCAACGUCCCUUUGCUAGCGGCCAUACAGUCACAAGCCUUGGAUCAUGCAGUUGCGCAUACGCAAAGCAUUUGUUCUAUGUGUUCUCGUUUUGCUACACGAGUUCGCGCCUGCACAGUUAGCGCUGAUUUACCGACCUGGUCCACAGGCUUUCGCAGAAGGCUUAGACAUAGCGCAGCACAAGCAUGAAGUCGAGGAGAUAACAGAUGACGAUGAUGACAAUGAUAAUGAUGACAGCGAUGUCAACCAUGGUGAUGAUGACAGCGAUAAAAAUGAUGUUGAAAGAGAUGAAAGCGACAUAAGUGGUUACCACGACCACAUCAAAACUGGAAAAAGAGGGAAUGGCUUAGGAUCGGUUGUCAAAUACACCAUCAAAGUGUUCAGCUUCGCCAAAAAAGUUAUUCCUACCUUGGUCACCAUCGCAAGCUUGAGUAACGCGAUCUUUCGGGGAAUCGCGGGAUGCUGCAUCGACUACCCGCAAGCGUGCGAGGGGUACGAGGAGGCUGAGAGAUUACGGCAGACGCUUGAAGAAAAGAGCCAUCAGUUAGACAACAUGCAGCUUGAGGCACAAAAUAUGCAAGAAUGGGCGGAGUCGACGAGCAACAAGUUCACGUUUGUUUUAUUUGAGCUGAACAACAUCGUGGAUCACUCCGAGUACUUGGUUAAUGCAAUAUCACCAGAUAUAAACAUCGGGAUUGCGAACAAGACCACGGAAAUAAAGGAACUUGUGCGACGUAAAAAUUCCGAUGAGUUGGGGUUUUUGGAGGUCGAGUCUAUGUACGAAGACACGAUCGAUACCACGAUAAACUUGGCAGUUCCAUUCUUCACAGCGAUACUCCCUAGUUUGCCUGGACUCGUGCGAUUCGCAUCUAAUCGACUUGGGCACAGGAAAGCGUUCGAGCUGGACGAAAAUUUGAAUAAUGUGCUAAAAAAGCCGCCAAAAUCCAGCCCCAAGUUCAUCGAGUCUAAGAGCUGGAUGGCAAAGACACGAAACGCCAUCAGCAUGAAGUUGCAAAAGUUCCGUAAGAAGAUCGAGACAAAGUACACUAAGGCAGUACGAGUCGUCAGCACAUUGGCAAACAUCCUCUCCUCGGUGUUCGAGUUCGUCUCUACAGCGUAUGACAUCUAUGGCAUUGUCGAGAGUGCACAGGGAUGCUACGAAAAAGCAAAGAACCUGAAGCAAGCGUUGAAGGAAUUCAAAAAGGCCAAUAGACUAAUGGAUGAAGCUAUCAGUAACGCAACUACUUCCAAAGCAUUCAUAGAGAAGGUGUGGGAGGAUCUACACAUCGCGAUGGCAAGUGCACCACUAGUCAAAGACCUUCAUGAAGUUAGGAUGACAGCACAAAAGCUCGGAGGGAAGGCCAACACUUUUAGCAAUAAUGUGGAUGCGAUUGGGAACUACAUCAGUAACGUCGCGAUCACCAGGGACUACAAGGGGCUCCAUCAACUUCUCGAGGAUCUUUCUAUCGGCUUGGGGUCGCUGCCGUUCACCAUGACGUGUUAUACGAACAAGGUCAAGAUGGUGGAGUUUGUUCUGCGUGAGUGUGAGCGAGGGAGCGACACUUUCAGCUCCCUAUACUCCUCCGGCCUCAAUACCUUCGACUCCAACGCAAAGGAGUGCAGAAACACGAUGGGGUUUACGUACAUUGACGAGCCCACCCUUACGAUGGCCAUAGAGGACAAGAGUAAGCUUAACAACUUCAAUACCGACUGUGUGCUCAACUCAGACUUAAAGAAGUCGCAAGCAUGUCUGCGUAAAGAUGAAGGCUAUGUUAACUCAGAUAUAGCGAUAAGCCUGGGCGUGACCGAGGAGCAGGUUGAAAAGCUUGUAGAGAAAUGCCCGAAACACGCGGUGACUCCUUUAGAAGUGAAGCGGAUAUGUGCCCUACGAGCAAGGAUGAGGAGUAACGACGACAUCGCAGACAUCUUAGACCUAGAUGUGGGCGAUGUCGAAGCAGUCAAUUGCCCAAAAGAUGGCUAAGGACUCAUCGAGCGCAAAGGAAACUGUGAAUGAAGACCCAUGGUAAAUGCAUCCUUUUCACAUGUUUACCCUUACUCCUGAAGACAUAUCAUGUCGUCAAUGUCAUAAUACUAUUCGCAAAUAAAUAAAUAAAUAACAACUGAAUAAACGAUUUAACUCUUA